AAUAUUAUUGACAAUUAGUGAGUGCGUUUGACAAUUUAAUUUAAUCUGAGUAUCCUACUGAGCUAAUCUACAAUAUUAUCACAAUUAAGGAGAUUAUUUUAAUUGUUGUUUUGUUAAAUAAACAUUGAAUCUCAUCUGCAUAUCAAAUUAACUAAAUUAUCUUCACGAAAUCAAUUGCUGAUCAGUUGACGAUCAAUGAAACAAUUGAAUCUUUUUCAUCUUCAACUCCUGUGGUUAAUUUAACUUUAGUUAAUUAUUUCAUCUGAUCAUCAUCAUGAUUACCGUUAUUAUUAUUAUAAAAACCAGUUGAUCUUUAUUGAUUGUUUAUUAGUAAACAAUCAACGAUUAUAAAUCUAAUUAAACAUGUUGCUCCUAAUAACAGUUACUCUUAUUGUCUGUGAUUUAUUUUCAACCUCAUUGCUUGUUAAUUGUGAUCUUGGAGCAUUGGAAAGUAAAAUUGUCAAUUCCAAUGAUCGUGGGACAAUUGAUUCAGUUAAUUGUAACACCGAAAGGCCUGUGAUCGGUAUAUUGUCCAUUCCUUGGGACGAUGAACACAAAGUCGAGAUCAAUAGUUCGAGUUACAUUGUCGCAAGUUAUGUGAAGCUCAUUGAAUCAGCUGGUGCUCGAGUUAUUCCAGUUUUAGUCGGUGGUCAUCCUGAAUACUAUGAAAAUUUGGUUAACAUAACCAAUGGAAUACUUUUCACCGGCGGUGGACUUAACCUGACCACUUCUGAGUACACAAGAUCAGCUGUUCACAUCUGGAACUAUGUCAAUGAAAUUAAUUCACGUGGUGAUUAUUAUCCAUUAUUUGGUGUUUGCCUUGGAUUUGAAUUAAUUGCUUACAUUGCAAACAAUUUAACUUGGCCUUUGACACGCUGUUCCUCAUGGGAUAAGCCAAUGAAUCUGAACUUCACCCUUAAUUCAGAUGAGCUUAAAUCAUCAACUAAAUUGUUCAACAAAGCUGAUGAAUCAAUUAUCAAGACUCUACAAGAUGACAAUGUUACAAUUAACUAUCACCACCAAUGCUUAACACCAGAAACUGUUAAAUCAAGCCAACAAUUAAGUGAUACUUUCCGUAUACUUUCAACUAAUUAUGAUUCUAAAGGCCUUGAAUUUGUUUCAAUCAUUGAGGGUGUUAAUUACCCUUAUUAUGGUUUACAAUUUCAUCCUGAUCGUGUACUAUUUGAGCCCAAUAUCGUUAAAUCAUAUCGGAAGACACCACAUAGCCCUGAGGCGAUUAAGGUUUCCCAAUAUUUUGCCGAUUUUUUCAUUGAUCAAUCUCGUCUUAAUUGUCACCAAUAUCCUGACACUGAAGAGGCUCAUCGACAAUUAAUCUACAAUUAUUGUCCAACUUUCACUGGAUUAAAUGGAUCACACGAGCAAACCUAUUAUUUUACUUGGUGAUUAGUGAAAUAAACAAUUGAUGAAAACUGUUGGUAAUCAAGAGAUAGUUCAACUAAUUCAGUUUCUAUCCAAUUAUCAAGAGCAAUUAACCAAUAAUUAUGUACUCUCAACUAUUGAGCAAACAAUUAAAUCUGAUGAUAUAAUCAUAUGUUAAUAAUUAUCUUA